AUGGCUUUAUCAGAUGUUUUACAAUUUGAUUGUUUCGUAGACAAUGAGAUUGCGCGAAAUGCUACGAAGAAUUUUGCUGGAAUGCUAGGCAAAGCAUUCGAACAAUAUAAAAUUAAAUUACUUGAUUUAAACAUUAGACAUCUUAUAUUUACAGAAUUAUGGAGUGAAUAUUUAAAACUACGAAAGCAUUGUGAAGAUGCUGAUUUUAAAAUUCCAUUUCAAUUUACUGCACUUAAUACAAGCAAAGUAUCAGAAAAUAAAAAAAUAUUUACAUCUUUGUACAACAAUGUUUAUACCAAUUCUAAUUCUGAUAUUGAUGCAAGUUUAAAUGAUAAAUUUAUUGACAAACAAAUAUCAGAAGAGAAAUCAUUGCAAAGUCCAAUACUUAUAAAGAAACGUUCUAAAUCUAAAAAGACCAAUAUUACAGAUAAUAAUUUUAUUUUAGAAAAUUUUGAGAUAAAUGAAACAUAUCCAAAUAUACCAAUAAAAGAAAAUAUUUCUAUAUUAACAGUUGCAGGAAAUAAUUUUAGGGAAGAUGCAAUAUUUGAGAAAUCACAGAAAAAUAAAAUUUUAAUUAAUGAAAAUAAUGAUGAGAUAAAAUGUACACCUAAUAAAAUAUCACAAAAAUUAAGAAUUAAUACAUUAUAUAAUGUAGAUACCACAUUAUUACAAAAUGGUAAAAAAUUGAGACAGUCAAAACUUAUGUUUCUUCCAGAUACACAAUCUAUUAAUACUGCAACUCAUGAAAGUUCAAAUAUUUCAAAAAUACAUGCAUUAUCUAUAUCUAAAAAAGACAUAGAAAAACUAGAAAAUUAUAAUAAAUCUAUAGAAGAAGAAGUAAUUCAAAAUAUCUAG